AUGGAGGUCUACGUCGACGACAUGCUUGUAAAAAGUACCAGGGCCAGCCAUCACGUCAAUCAUCUGGGGGAAAUGUUUGGUGUGUUGAGAACAUACCACAUGAAACUCAAUCCCCAGAAAUGUGCCUUUGGAGUUGGGUUAGGGAAAUUCCUCAGUUUUAUGGUCAGCAAUCGUGGGAUUGAAGCUAACCCUGAGAAAAUCAAAGCCCUACAGAAUAUGCGGUUCCCAACAAAACCAAAGGAAGUGCAAAGAUUAACAGGAUGUGUCGCCGCCCUAAACAGGUUCAUAUCAAAAGUAACCGACAAAUGCGUCCCCUUCUUUGACGCUUUGAAAGGAAGCAAGCGCUCUGAGUGGACACCACAAUGUGAAGAGGCCUUCCAGAAAUUGAAGGAGCAUUUGGGCAAGCCCCCAAUUUUGUCAAAACCAAACGUCGACGAAGAGCUUGGCAUAUACCUCUCCGUGUCCCAACACGCCGUAAGCUUCGUAUUAGUAAGAGAAGAAGAGAGGGUGCAAUUGCCAAUCUACUAUGUGAGCAAAAGGCUCCUCGACACCGAGUUGAGAUACAAGGAAAUGGAGCGCCUAGCCCUCGCCCUGAUGGUAGCUUCAAGGAAGCUUCGGUACUAUUUCCAAUCUCACACAAUACGGGUUCUCACAAACCACCCGCUGAGACAGGCUCUACAGAAGCCCGAAACUUCCGGUCGACUCCUUAAAUGGUCGGUAGAAUUAAGUCAGUUCGACAUAAAAUACGUGCCAAGAGUUGCGAUCAAGGGCCAGGUGCUUGCCGCUUUUCUGGCUGAGUUCUCUCAUAGACCAGCUCCCGCCGCAUCUGGAGAAGUCGAGGUUACAAAAUGGAAGCUCUACGUGGAUAGGGCGUCGAGCGAAAAUGGGUCAGGAGCCGGCGUCUUGUUAAUCAGCCCCGAAGGCCACAAGAUUACCUCGGCGGUUCGAAUUAAAUUCAAGGCGUCGAACAAUGAGGCGGAAUAUGAAGCACUAAUUAGCGGACUACGGUUAGCCAGCCACCUGAGGAUCGAAAGGCUCAGCGUCUUCAGCGAUUCUCAAUUGGUCGUCGCGCAGGCCGAAAACGCAAACACCGACGCCCUGGCAAAACUAGCAUCUUCAAGAGAUUCUGACACCCUGGGGGUCAUUCCCAUCGAAGAAUUGGAGCGGCCGACCAUUGAAGAACAAGCUAAGGCAUUAAUCAUCCAAGCAGGUGGAAAUUGGAUGACACCGCGCAUACAAUACCUAAUGGAUGCACAACUGCCAGAUAAUAAAGAUGAAGCCAGACGGAUCAGGUAUGCCACAAUUCCCAGAGCACCCCUAGAAAAUUUAACUUCCAUUCUCAGUCCAUGGCCCUUCGCCAAAUGGGGAGUUGACCUGAUCGGGCCACUACAUCUUGCACCCGGAGGAUUAAAGUUUGCAAUCGUUGCGGUAGACUACUACACGAAGUGGGCAGAGGCAAAGGCUCUAACUACAACCACGGAAGCAGCCUGCACCAAAUUCAUGUGGGACCACAUCGUAUGCAAGUUCGGGGUUCCCCACUCGAUAGUGUCUAACAACGGAAAGCAGUUCGACAACGCCUCAACGCGCAGAUUCUGUGAUAGCUUGGGCAUCCGGAAAGACUUCUCGGCACCAAUCCAUCCACAAUCAAAUGGACAAGUCGAGGCGGUCAAUAAAAUAUUAAAGUAUACCCUCAAAAAGAGACUCGACAAUCUGAAAGGGAAAUGGGCCGAGGAACUUCCCAAGGUCCUAUGGGCAUACAGAAUGACAAGCCGAACUACCACGGGUGAAACACCCUUCUCCAUGGCAUAUGGCAUUGAGGCGGUGCUCCCCGUAGAAAUCGAAAUGCCGACUCUAAGAACUUUCAUCCAUAACGACGAUGACAACGCGGAAGGCAUGAACGGAGAACUCGACUUGUUAGAAGAAAAAAGGCUCGACUCCCAACUACGUCUCGCCGCCUAUCAGCAAAGAACAGCGCGAUACUACAAUAAGAAAGUUCGGCAGAGAAGGUUCGUCCCAGGAGACCUAGUAUUAAAAAGGGUAACGCAGAGCACGAAACCCAAAAAUACUGGUUCACUAGGACCAACUUGGGAAGGGCCCUACCGCAUAAAGGAAGUGCUACGCCCCGGCACCUACGUUUUGGAAAGCCUCGACGGCAAAAGGAUUCAACACCCGUGGAAUGUAGAACAGCUAAGGCUAUACUACCAAUAG